CUUGCCGGAGCUCACCGACACCCUGUCAACGCUAAGCCACAAAACUGUACGGAUCCUAAUUGUUCCCAACCGCGUCUGUCAACUCAUUUCCUUGAUUGUUUUCUCUUGAAUAUUUACUUGACAGAACACUGACAAAACGACAAGUGCCAGCAGUAUUGCGAAACAAGUCACGUCUUUAAUUUUUCCUUCUCUAAUGUUUUCUAUCUUCUGUGAAUGGCAUGGAACGGACGUCCGGAUGAGAUACGAUCUCUUUCAUUGACGAACCAACUAAUGGAUGUCGCAUUUGUCCACACGUCUCCCCGCUCUGCGUUCUGGAGACAGAUCAGAGCGCAUCCGUGACCCUCCUCGCAACAUGAACUCAAGCUGGGGGAUACGUAGAACAAAAGAGUAACCAUUCAGCUGACCGACAGCUGGCCAACCCCUGAUUUUUGGAGGGGAAGCAAAAAGAAAAAGAAAAAAAAGAGGAAGGCGGUAAAGAGAAAUUCUUCAAAAAUGCCCAAACGAGGAGAGGAGAUGCAGCGAGAUCUAUGGACUUCUCUCCUGCUAGUGUGGAUUACUUGUGUGCCGUACUCUUCCAUGGCUCCGUUAAACAAUCAGUCACAAAGUUUACAAACGGCAUCAGCCAUGAUCCCGCGGAACCGGCCAAGCGAAGGACAAAGAAUCCUCAGUCGUGCCAAGAGAGGAUGGGUUUGGAAUCAAAUGUUUGUGUUGGAGGAGUUCUCUGGACCCGAUCCAAUUCUGGUUGGCAGGCUCCAUACCGAUUUGGACGUGGGCAGUAAGAACAUCAAGUAUGUGUUGGCGGGCGAAGGGGCGGGCACCAUCUUCGCCAUCAAUGAGAGGACGGGAGACAUUCACGCCAUGAAAAGGCUAGACCGAGAGGAGAAGGCCGAGUACACGCUCACGGCGCAGGUCAUCGACAGAGACUCCAACCAACCUCUGGAACCGCCGUCAGAGUUCAUCAUCAAAGUGCAAGACAUCAAUGACAACCCCCCACAGUUCAUCGAGGGGCCUUACAAAGGUUCAGUGCCAGAGAUGUCCCAAGUGGGUGCGUCAGUGACAAGAGUAACGGCAAGUGAUGCGGACGAUCCGGUGUAUGGAAACAGUGCCAAACUGGUCUACAGCAUUUUAGAAGGCCAGCCGUAUUUCUCCAUUGACCAAACCACUGCAAUCAUUAGGGUGGCUCUGGCAGGGAUGGAUCGUGAGAUGAGGGAAGAGUAUCUUGUGGUCAUUCAAGCUAAAGACAUGGGAGGUCAUAUGGGUGGCUUGUCAGGAACCACCACUGUGACAGUCACUCUUACUGAUAUCAACGAUAACCCACCAAAGUUCACAAAAGGUUCUUAUGAGUUUCACAUUCCUGAAGAUCUUGGCAUCGGGAAGCCUGGAGGAAGAGUAAAAGCGAAUGACAGAGACAUUGGGGAAAAUGCAAAAUCAACUUACACCAUCAUAGGUGGAGAUGAGAGGGAUGUUUUCGAGAUUGUCACUGAUGCUCAGACUCAGGAGGGAAUCCUCAGACUCAAGAAGCCUUUGGACUAUGAGUCAAAGGAAUUCUACAACCUAACAGUGGUGGCCACCAACAUUCGAGCCGAUUCCGUUACGGGUGGGCCCUACAUGGACCAGGCCACAAUUAAAGUCGUCGUUCAGGAUUCGGAUGAACCCCCAGUCUUCACCAAACCAUCGUAUUUGUUUGACGUGCACGAAAAUGCUGCAAUCAACACAGUCAUAGGAGCAGUAGCAGCAAGAGACCAGGACGCCACACACAGCCAAGUCAGGUAUUUCAUUGAUAGACACACAGAUUUGGAGAGGCAGUUUAACAUUAACGUUGACGAUGGGAAGAUCACAUUAGCUAAACCUCUGGAUAGAGAGACGGAUAUGUGGCACAAUAUCACAGUGACAGCCACGGAAGUUCAUAACCACAGCCAGAUUUCCAGAGCCAUCGUGGCAAUCAAAGUGCUGGACAUAAACGACAACGCCCCCGAGUUCGCCACCGAAUACGAAGCCUUCCUUUGUGAAAACGGCAAACCCGGACAGGUGAUUCAGACCAUCAGUGCUGUGGACAAAGACAAUCCUUCCCAGGGACACACUUUCCACUACCGCCUGGAGAUGCUUAACAAUCCCAAUUUCACCCUCAAAAACAAUUUAGAUAACUCGAUCAGCGUUCUUGCCAAGCACGAUUCCUUUCGGCGACAGAAACAAGAGACGUACCUCCUUCCCAUCGUCGUGACUGAUGACGGAGAGCCUCCGAUGAGCAGCACCAACACGUUAACAAUCCGGGUGUGCGGCUGCAGCAGGGAAGGCAUUGUGCAGUCGUGUAACGUGGAGGCUUUUGUUCUACCUAUUGGUCUCAGCAUGGGUGCUCUGAUUGCUAUUCUAGCUUGUAUAAUUCUACUACUCGUCAUCGUGGUCUUGUUUGUGACUUUGAGGCGACACAAGAACGAGCCGCUGAUCAUCAAAGACGACGAGGACGUGAGGGAGAACAUCAUCCGUUAUGAUGACGAGGGAGGCGGGGAAGAGGACACCGAGGCUUUUGACAUUGCCACCCUGCAGAACCCAGAUGGCAUCAACGGCUAUCUGCCCAGGAAGGACAUCAAGCCUGACCUGCAGUUCAUGCCAAGACAGGGCCAGCACUCGGGUCCGAAUGGAGUGGACGUCGAUGAAUUCAUCAACGUACGGCUGCAUGAGGCGGACAACGACCCUACGGCUCCGCCAUAUGACUCCAUCCAAAUCUAUGGCUACGAGGGUAGGGGAUCAAUCGCAGGCUCCUUGAGUUCCCUCGAAACAGCUUCCUCGGACUCGGACCAGAACUAUGACUACCUUAGAGAGUGGGGGCCACGCUUCAGAAGACUAGGCGAACUCUAUUCGGUGGGUGAGAGCGACAAAGAGACUUGACCUCCAAGCACCGAGGACCCUUUGCUUUCGUCCACAUAACUUGUGUAUUACGCUACGGGGAGGUUAGACACUGCUAAAAGGGGGGAGGGCGCCUUUUUUAAAAACUUCUUAGAGAGACCUUAUAGCAUUAGUCAUCUACCACAUCAGAGUGCAUCGUAACGUCAGAACUUACCAGUGUCUAUAGUAGGAGGUCAAUGAAUCUUGUGGAGUGUGAGUUUAGAUUACUGUCACUGAGUGUCUAGCAGUAUUUUGGCUAUUUGUUGUUCACUGUGACCGCCAGAGGCAUCAGAAUCUUGAUUCUUGGUAGUCGCUUGAAAAGGCUGGAUGGAUAAGGGACUUUCAGACAUCCCAUUGUGGAAAGAGAAAAAAAGACUGCAGAGGCCUCAAAAUGACACUGCUCCCCGCCGACAACUCUUGACGUCAUUCAGCCAAUCAGAUAAAGGACCUUUUUUAAAAAAAAACAAACAAAAAAAAAAAGAAGGUAAACUAAAUAGCAAUAUACUGUCUACAUUACUUAUGAAUGUAUGUGUGAUUUAACAAAUGCGAGCGCAAUGAAAAUUGGCUUUAGGAUCUGCCUGCUGAGAUAAUGUUUGACCCUUUGAUACUACGCGGCCAGAUUUCUUGAGUAAACUGGAAAAGCCUCGAGGCUUGCUUUAUACAACUCUUUGUAUCCAUAUGCUUUAAGUGUGAUUCACACUCAAAGGUGAGUAGACUGUGCGAGGACAAAAAGAGAAUUGAGGAAACAAUUGAGGCCUUCGUUUUACAAACGCGAGCAUUAAAUACAGUCGUAUUCCAAUGUUUUUUGGAACAUUGAUGGUGUUUCUUCAUUAUUGUGUAUGUUUUAUAUAAAUAUAUAAAUAUUCAUUGCCAGUCGUCUGUUUUGUGCUGCAGGUUUGAGUAUAUUUGUACUUUUUAUUUUCUAUUUAUUUAUUCUAGGGAAAUUGUUAUUUUUUAUUAACACGUUAAUUUAAAGUUUCAAGCUUUUCCUCUUCAGCUUUGUUUCAUUCUGCUGCAUCACUGUUUUUUGAAAGCUGAACUCAAUUUCUGUACCGAAAUUCACAUAGCGAGAAUUCGGUAAUGACUGACCGAAAUCCACAGAGCAUUUGCUCUCGACCGGGAAAGAUAAGUCAAUAUUUUAUUGACACUGUGUGUGUAUAUAUCUAUUCACAUACUAUAUACAGUGAUUUUAGUGAUCAUUCUAAGCACAAUAGCUCAAAGCAUCUAGUUCAUGUUUAUAUUUGACCCCUGUCAUUUUUUAAAGUCAAACAUCAGAAUCCACCGAGUAAAGAAAAACAGAGGCAGACAUGUGUAAUGUCCUUUGCUGUAUGCUAUUAGAGCAACAAAAAAAAGAAGAAAAAGAAAGAAAAAAAGAUGUACAUAGAGUCAUCGCUGAUUCUCUUAGCUUUUUUUCUUUGAAGUGCUAGGUUUUGUCUAUGCACGUGAGCUAUUGCACAUGGGGAUCUGGAAAUGGAGCUACGUGCAUAUUCUGUUUGUAUCAAUGCGAUAUGUGGCAAUUCUUUUGGACCGACAGUAUAUAUAAAAUAGUCUUUCAUGCAAAUCAUAUUUUCUACUGUGCUUUAAUGCUCAUACACUUGUAUGUUUAAUUAGCUACUCUCUGUAUUGUAAUCUAAGAUAUCCAUGUAUUGUUUCCUACUU